AUGAGAAAGAAGAAGAAGAAGUUCACAUUUUCUUCGACUAUUCCAGAAUUGAUACGAAUAUAAAAACGCAUAUAUAUUCAUUUUUUUAAAAUUAAAAAAAAAGAAAGUGAAUUUUCCUUAAUUAAUUAAUUUUACUGUGUAAAAAGAAAAGAAAAAAAAAAAAGAAUAUGUCCGAUUGGGAUACUGUUACAGUUUUACGUAAAAGGCCACCAAAGGCAUCUGUAAUGAAAAGUGAAGCAGCAAUAAAUGCUGCAAGACGACAAGGAGUUGCGAUUGAAACCCAACAAAAAUAUGGUGCUGCCACUAAUAAACAACACGUAACCACAAAAAAUACUGCCAAGUUGGAUCGCGAAACAGAAGAAUUAAAACACGAAAAAAUUCCUUUGGAUGUUGGUCGUUUAAUUCAGCAAGGACGUCAGGCAAAGAAUUUAAGUCAAAAGGAUCUCGCAACUAAAAUUAACGAAAAAGUUCAAGUUGUUACUGAUUAUGAAGCUGGACGUGGAAUACCAAACAAUAUGAUAUUGGGUAAAAUUGAAAGAGUAAUUGGAGUAAGAUUACGAGGGAAGGAACGCGGCCAGACAGUGGCGCCUCCUGUUAAAAAAUAAGUUCUUAAUGUAGUGUACAUUUCGGGAGGACGCAAAAACUUAAAAAUAUAAAAUAAAUAUAUUAAAUAAUAAAAAAAUUUAAAUAUAUUUAUAAUUAUAAAUUCAGUACACUACAACUUUAACAUUUUUUUUUUUUUUUAUUUUGUAAAUGAUAAUAGAAAACAAAACCAUAUUAUAUAAUAAUUAUUAUAAACAAAUAAAAUAUAUAAUAUUAAUGAAAAAAUGGGAAAAAAUAAUAAUUUCAGUUUAAUAUAAAAGAUGAAUAAUCACAAUUUAUAUUUAACUUUUAUAAUAUUUUCAACUAAACCUUUUUUUUUUUCAAUGAAAAAAAAAUAUAUAUAAAUAUCUAUCUAAAUAAUUAAUUAUUUGAAUAUUUUAAACAUAUUUACACUAUGCUAUCAAUAAUGUUAAAAGCUACAUUUUAUUUAAUUAUACUGCUUAAAUAAUUGAAUUGUAAAAGAAGAGUUUUUUUUUUAUUUAUCUGUAUUUAAAUUGAUUUUAAAAUAACAAGAAAAUAAAAAAAAAAAUCUAUAUAGAAAAGUGUAGAAAGUUUUUUCGAAAAAUUUUAUUUGAUUAAAUAUUCUUUUCCGUGUUUUUUUUUUUCAUUUUAUAUUUAAAAUUUAAAUAAUUCUAUAUUUUCACACAAAUUGAAUUUUAAAAAAAAUGUCAUAAAGUGUAGCUAAUUUAAAUAUAUUAUAUUUGUUAUUUUUAAAUAAGAAUUGUAAUAAUAAAUUUAGUGUGAUAUAAGUUUUAAAUUAUAGAUAACAAACAAAAUCGAUAUUGUUAAAAAAAAGAAAACUAUUUAUUAAUAUAUAAAUUAAAUAAUAUAAAUUUAAAUUUAUAUAUAAAAAAAAAUAUAUUUGAUUAAUAUUUUUAAUAAUAUCACACUAAAAAAAUUUAUAGCGAUUCCUUUAAAUUAAUAAACAAGCACAUUUUUAUGAAAAAUAAACUUUCUCCCAUCAUCAAGUUUUAAACAAACCAAAAAAAAAAAAAAACUUAAAAAAUGUAAAAAAAUUGGAAAAAAAAAAUUGAAGUAAAAAAGAGAAAAAAAAAAUUUAUAUUAUUAAAAAAACAUAAUUAAUAAACUGUAUAAUUGUAUUUAUAAAUAAGACUCGUUAAUUUUAUGAUUUAAUCAAUCAAUUUUUAUAUAAGAGAAAAAAAACUUUUUGAUUUAAGUGUAAUUCAAAUUUUUGAAAUUUAGUAUUUUUAUCGAACAUUAUAAUUAAUUCUUUUUAUAAUUUUAAAAUUUUUCAUUGAAUUUAUUUUUUAUAGGUAUAUAAAUUUUUUUUUUAAACGUUCUCUUAUGAUUGGGGAUACUCGAUAAUUUAGCUCUAACUUAGAUCUUAAUAUAAAACUUGAUAAAACCAAACUGCAAAAUAUACAAAAGUGGCUCGAUAAAUUACUGCUACAAAAAUAACAUGUUGGAAAUAGUUUUGCUUAUAGUUCUAAAGAAAUUUUUCAAUUUUUUUUAGCAUUAUAAUAUUUUAUAAUAGAAGAAAGUUGAAUAUUGAAGAAUUACUGGAGCAUGUUACAAAUAUUCAAAAACAAGAUAUUCUAUUUCUGUUUUUGCAGAUUUGUAAGUAUGCGUGGCAAGACUUUUAAGUUUUAAUUUUAGAACUUUUAGUGCAAGUCUGAAUUGUCGAAAAUCCCCUUUUUUGCUUUUCUUGUUUAAUUUUUUUUUUUAGCUAUAAAAGCGGUUUUUUUGCUUAAUUAUAAUUAUUUGGAGAGAAAAAUUUUACAUUCUCAUUUUAUUGUAAAAUUUAAUUUUUUAUUUUCAAAAUAAAAAGUUUUCUAAAAUUUGUAUAUUUUUUCUAUUAUGUAAUUAUUUUUAAUUGAAAACUACUAUAAUAUAUUUCCAAUAUAUAAAAAAAAAAUUACAAUUUAAUAAAUUGGGAGAGCAACGGAAAAAAUAAAUCAGAAAAAUAAAUGGUUCGGAUUUAAUACUUUGUUUUUUUUUUUUUCAAUUCUAUACUUCCUUAUUAUAUAAUAAUAAUAAAAAUUUAUUUUUAAAUAUAUAAGCUUUUUCUUAUAUAUAAAAAUAUUAUAUAAAAUUAAAAUUAAAAAAAAAAACGAAAAUUAUAACAUAUUUAAUGUAUGCUAGUUGUAUUAAUUAUUAAUUAAUUAAUUAUUAAUUAAAAAAAUGAAAUGAAAUAAGACUAAAAUACAGCUAGGAAUACAACAGGAACAAAUUACAAAGUGAGAACUAGUGAUGUGAACUAGUGAUUGCAAAAAAUUUUAUUCAUUCGAUAGUUCCCAUCACUAUUAAGAACAUUUCUAAAAAUUUAAAUUUUUCAUUUAAAUUCCAAAAAAAAAAGAAAAUUUCUUUUCCACUUUUAUUUUUUUGUAAUAGAAAUGAAUUGCAUUUUGUAGUGUUGUAAAAUACCUGUUUAAAGAAAAA